AUGGAGAAGCCCAAGGCCGUCUCCAAUCCCGUGCGCGAGACAAAGGGCAAGUACACACUGCAGGACUUCACCAUCAACCGCACUCUCGGUACCGGCAGUUUCGGGCGUGUCCACCUGGUCCAGUCCAAGCAUAAUCAGCGCUUCUACGCCGUCAAGGUGCUCAAAAAGCAACAAGUUGUCAAGAUGAAGCAAGUCGAGCACACCAACGACGAGCGUCGCAUGCUGCAGAAAGUAAAGCAUCCCUUCUUGAUCACUCUCUGGGGCACCUUCCAGGAUUCAAAGAACCUGUACAUGGUCAUGGACUUUAUCGAGGGCGGAGAGCUCUUCAGCUUGCUGCGCAAGUCUCAGAGGUUCCCCAAUCCCGUCGCUAAGUUCUACGCUGCCGAGGUCACUCUUGCGCUCGACUACCUGCACUCGAUGGACAUCAUCUACCGUGAUCUGAAGCCCGAGAACUUGCUCCUCGACAGACACGGCCAUCUCAAGAUUACCGAUUUUGGUUUCGCCAAAGAAGUCCCCGACAUCACCUGGACUCUCUGCGGAACUCCAGAUUAUCUGGCUCCAGAGGUUGUCUCGUCCAAGGGUUACAACAAAUCUGUUGAUUGGUGGUCGCUCGGUAUCCUCAUCUUCGAAAUGCUCUGUGGUUUCACACCUUUCUGGGACUCUGGCAGUCCCCUCAAGAUUUACGAAAACAUUCUCCGCGGAAGAGUCAAGUACCCUCCAUAUGUCCACCCGGAUGCUCAAGAUCUCCUGAGCAAGCUCAUCACCCACGACCUGACCAAGCGUCUUGGUAACUUGCACGGUGGCAGCAAGGAUGUCAUGCAACACCCCUGGUUCGCAGAGGUCACCUGGGAGAGACUAGCAAAGAAGGACAUAGACGCUCCUUACGUACCCCCAGUCAAGGGAGGCCAGGGUGAUGCCAGUCUUUUCGACAAGUACCCAGAAGAGACCGAGGCAUAUGGUAACAUGGGCGACGACCAGUAA